GUUUACUGUGUGCAACUGAUCUAGUGGGGUCUGACACUGGUCUCUCAUUGCAGAGGAGGAGAUAAAGACCGUUCUACCCCACUUGCAAAAUACAAUUUCACUGCAUCUAUUUAAGGAAAACAAACUAACACAGCUGAAACUGAAACGAGAGAGAGAGAGAAAACAGCCGCGAUCUGUUAGAAAGUAGCGCUGAUGGCGGCUGAUCAGAUUAGCUAGUGGAGUAACAGACUGUUAUCUGGCUAAGUGUCACUACAAGCUGCUGUGGACUUACAGUGCGUUUCUCUCAUUAAUCACAUUCUGGAUCGGUGCUUUUUUUCCCCCCUCGCGUGCUGGAAAUUGCGUUUAAACGAUGGAUUCUUACAGGAUAUCCGUCCUUUUUUUGGUACUCUUCUCCCUGUUAAACAAUCUUUCUUCAACGGAGCCGUUUCCUUCUCAGAUAUUGAUCAAAGCUUGGGUGGACAAGAUGCAGGAGGAGCUUGUUACCUUAGCUGAAACCGCAAGUGGGGUAAAGCACCUUAUCCAGAUCUUUACGGAUAAAAGAAAGCUCUACAGUGUGGAAACAAAUAACGCCAGUCAGCUCGUGGAAAGUGCAGCCAGAAAUAUAGAGAAGCUUCUUCUCAACAGAUCAAGGGCACUGGAGACCCUAGCAACAUCAGCAGAAAAUUUCCAAAUGGAACAUGGGUGGAAACAUGAGUUUGCGGAUGACGAUAUCGUUUAUUAUAAUGCAAAAGAUGACCUCUAUUCCGAUACAAACAAGACAGAUGGACGAAGGAGGAUCAAACCCGAUUUCAAAGAGGAUCCUGCAUUCAAACGGCGCAUUUCCUAUAAUCACUCUGCAGUCCACAUUCCGACGGAUAUCUACGAAGGGUCCACGGUGGUGCUGAACGAGCUGAGCUGGACUGAGGCACUGGAAAACAUCUUUAAGAAAAACAGAGAAGAGGAUCCUACUUUACUUUGGCAGGUGUUUGGCAGUGCGACUGGUCUGGCUCGGUAUUAUCCAGCUUCUCCUUGGAAGGACUCACGGAACACUGCGAGUAAAAUUGAUUUGUACGAUGUUCGACGGCGACCAUGGUACAUACAAGGAGCAGCUUCGCCAAAGGAUAUGUUGAUUCUUGUUGACGUGAGUGGAAGUGUCUCUGGGUUGACUCUCAAACUGAUCAGGACAUCAGUCUCAGAAAUGCUGGAAACACUCUCAGAUGAUGAUUUUGUGAAUGUUGUUUCUUUCAAUAAAGAAGCGAACUAUGUUGGCUGCUUCCACCAUCUCGUUCAAGCUAAUGUUCGAAACAAAAAGAAGUUAAAAGACGAUGUUCAAAAUAUCACAGCAAAAGGAAUAACCGACUAUAAGAAGGGUUUCAAGUUUGCCUUUGAACAGCUUUCAGAAUUUAACGGUUCCCGUGCACACUGCAACAAAAUAAUUAUGCUCUUCACUGACGGAGGAGAAGAAAGGGCUGAAGAGAUUUUUAAAGAAUACAACCCAGAGAGGAAGGUCCGUGUAUUUACUUUUUCUGUUGGUCAGCACAACUAUGAUAAAGGACCAAUACAGUGGAUGGCCUGUGCAAAUAAAGGAUAUUACUAUGAAAUUCCUUCCAUUGGAGCAAUAAGAAUCAACACACAGGAGUACCUUGACGUGUUGGGAAGGCCAAUGGUUUUGGCUGAUAAAAAGGCCAAACAAGUACAAUGGACAAAUGUCUAUCUUGAUGCGCUGGAUCUUGGCCUCGUUAUCACGGGGACACUGCCAGUUUUCAAUAAGACUGAGAUAAAAGACAACAGUGGUCAAACGAAGCACCAGAACCAGCUCAUUCUGGGAGUAAUGGCAAUUGAUGUGUCUCUUGAUGAUAUCAAGAGGCUCACACCACGCUUUACAAUUGGUCCUAAUGGAUAUUAUUUUGCCAUUGACCCCAAUGGCUAUGUAUUGCUUCAUCCCAAUCUCCAGCCAAAGCCAGUUGGUCUAGGAAUCCCAAAGGUUUUAACGGGAAUAUGGAAGCCUGUUUUCCAGAACCCUAAAUUCCAGGAGCCAGUGACCUUGGAUUUCCUGGAUGCUGAACUGGAGAAUGAUAUCAAAGUGCAGAUACGAAAAGACAUGAUUGAUGGGAAAAAGGGAGAACGUACAAUACACACCUUGGUGAAGUCUCAGGAUGAGAGAUACAUUGACCGAGGCGACAGAACAUAUACUUGGGCACCUGUGAAUGGAACAGAUUACAGCUUGGCAAUGGUAUUACCUGAAUACAGUUUACACUAUAUUCGUGCAAGAAUUGGAGACACUAUUACACAAGCUAAAUCACAACUUGGGCCAAGGGUCUCUGAAAGCAUGCAGCUAGAAAACUUUAAUGAAAAUGGCUACACACUCAUAGCGCCUAGAGAGUACUGCAAAGACCUGAAGCCGUCUGAAAACAGGACCCAAUUUCUUAUGGACUUCAAUGAAUUUAUAGACAGGAAAACACCAAAUAACCCAACAUGCAAUGCUAUGCUGGUCAAUAGGCUCCUCCUAGAUGCUGGAAUUACAUCUGAGCUUGUCCAGCACUGGAAAAAACAAUCUCUAACUGGAGUCGUUGCCAGGUUUGUUGCUACGGAUGGAGGGAUCACAAGAGUGUACCCCAAAAGUGCUGGGGAAGAUUGGAAAGAAAGUGCUGAAACUUAUGAGGCUAGCUUCUACAAAAGAAGCUUGGAUAAUGAUUUCUAUAUCUUUACAGCACCUUAUUUCAACAACUCAGGAAGCGGGGAGAGUGGCUUUGAUUCUGGCAUCUUGGUGAGCAGAGCAGUUGAUUUGACCAUUGAUGGCAAAAAGAUGAAACCAGCAGUUGUCGGCGUAAAGAUUAGUAUCGCAGAAUGGAUGGCAAACUUCACAAAUGCAACAAUCAGGAAAGGAUGCAAUAGCGAGAUAUGUGGCUGUGAAAAGAAUUCUAAGCUUGUCGAUUGUGUGAUCCUUGAUGAUGGUGGAUUUCUCUUGAUGUCCAAUCAGGACGAGUACAUUGAUGAGAUUGGGUGGUUCUUUGGAGAGAUCGAUCCCAUUUUGAUGACGAACCUUGUGAACACUUCUUUGUACGCCUUUAACAAGUCCUAUGACUACCAGUCUGUCUGUGAUCCUGACAGAGGCCCCAAAGCUGCAGCUGGCUUGCGUUCUGUUUUUGUUCCAACAAUAGCUGAUAUAUUAAAUAUAGGCUGGUGGGCUUCGGCAGCAGCUUGGUCGAUAGUACAGCAGCUAUUUGUUAGCUUUACUUUUCCAAAUUUCCUGGAAGCUGCGGACACAGAAGAGGAGCAAACUGCAGCUCUUUCAAAGGAGAGCUGUAUCACUGAACAGACUCAGUAUUACUUUGACAAUAAUAACAAAUCUUUCAGUGGGGUGCUAGACUGUGAAAACUGUUCCAGGAUAUACCGUGCUGAAAAGUUACCGAACACAAACCUAUUAUUCCUGAUUGUUGAUGCCAAGGAAACCUGUCCAUGUUCUUCUACCAAACCAUUAAUACAAGCAGAACAGCCCUCUAAAGGACCGGAUCCCUGUGAUUUAGUUCACAAUCCAAGAUACAGGAAAGGACCCGAGGUCUGUUUUGAUAAUGAUGAAAAUGAUGAGCCUAUAUGCACUACAAGUCGUGCCUCUACCAUGGCGUCAACUCCUCUCUUCAUUUUACUGCAAGUGUUCAUGUGGUGUAAAGGGAGGAUUAUACUGACUGCGGUGGGGUCUCUGGUUUGAGUCCAUCACUGUGGCCAAUGAUAGGAAUUCAGCUUGUGCUACUUUGGCUUUUAACUGGAUCAAGACAUUACCCUUUAUGACCUCAGAAACAAGGACUGAGCCCCAUAACGCAUACAUUUCAAGAUCCUGCCAAAUUUUGUUUCUGAGAUUCUAAGGCAACAGGGGGAAACAAAAAUAAAUUGACCCAGGAAGUGAAAGACACAUUAUGACAUGCCUGGCCUAACUGAGCCUGGGAAAGCUUGUUGAAAUCCAUUAAGAAGAACAAACCAUCUGAAGCCAAAUGUUUCCACAAUGGCGGAAGUGUGGACCGUCUGCUUCUUAAUCAGAAUGGUGAAGGGAAAAGGUUACUUUCUUUAUGUAGUGAUUUCUUGGUGAGCUUCUUUGUCAAACAAUUGUACUGCCAGACAAAUGAAAUUCAUAAACACGUCAAAGUCCUGCCCCUAGAUAUUGUUUUGCAGUAUUUUUGUUGGCUUGGUUGUAUAAUUUUCAGAGUGUAGACUGGCUAGCCACUCACUGUCCAGCUGUUACAGUAUGUGGAUAAAACCAUGCCAGACAAGUUCUUGCUUCAAAAGUAAGAACAGAAAACAAAUGUAAAAGUAAUGUAUGUAAAGUUAUGUUAAAAGAAAUAUUGAGAGUGAAGCCACAUUUUCUUGGUUGUGAUGUUCAUAUACAUUUUGGGUGCUAAUGGCUUAUCUAAAUGUAAUAUAAGCAAUUAGGCCAGAAACAUUAAAAUUCUCUUUAAAAAAUACAUGUACCAUUUUUUCAGUUUAAGAAAUGAGUUGCAUUAUAUUCACACCUGUGUUGGCUUACUCUCACUUUUACAAAGUAAUUGAAUAUGAAUUUCUGUUUUAAAGAAAUACAAGAUCUUUGAUUUUGUAAUAUUUUCAGUAUACAUUUUGUUUAAUAUAAUGGCUAUUGUAAACAUUUAACACUUUUAAAAUGUAAAAAUAUUAGAAGUGUUUACUCCACCAACCUCUGUCUUUUGUGUUGGUCAUAGUCACUUAAUUAGAAGAUAAAAUAAACUGUUAGUGACUACCUUAAAAGGACAAGAUAAUCCUGUCUUGCUCAAUCAUGCCAAAGGGAAUACAUUAUUUAUUCAGUUUGUUGGUACAUUUUAAUUUAAUUACAAUUUUAAUUUUAAUUUUGCAAUGCAACCUAAAUAUUGAGAGCUAGCCAAGCCUCUUUAUAAUGCUUAAAGCUUGUGAAUGAAAAGAAUCUUUAUGUGGCACAUUUUUUGUUGUUUUUGCUAAAAAUAGUACUUUGCAUGAUUUUUCUUUUUGGUUUAAUUUUAUUUAAGUAGUUUUGGAUUGUAAAUGUUCUUACAAAGGACAGCUGCAGUGGAAAUGUUUAUUUUUUUGGAGGGGAUGGAAAAGUGCAGUACAUCUUAUUAAGGUCUCACCAUCUUUUGUGCAAGUACCCAUAUACUGUUAUCUGCAGUGAAGAAAAACAAUGUUGUGUAAAGCCUGGCAAACAGAUCCCAUUAGUGAAACAUCAUUAUUUGGAUUAAGUAUAAGUCAAUCUUACAUUGACUCUGCUUGUUUGUAUUGACUUUACUCUAGGGCAUAAAGAACAUUUGUAGUGUAUCACAGUAGGUCAAAGAAAAUAUUUUACACAAUCAGAUUGUACCUGCUUUUAACAUUUGAAUAUUUAACUUUUUUUUUUCUGUGUUUAUACACAAGGUUUCAUAAAGAAGCUCUAUUUCCCUUAAAAGCCAAACAAAAAUAAUCAGCCAGAAGCUAUAAUAUAAAAUCUUCUAUUAACAGGAUGUUAAAUCAAAUUAAUCUGAAAACAAACACUAGUAUCUGAUUGAACAAACCAGUGGAAGCAGCCACAUCAUUUAAAACAACAUAUACAACUUACAAAAUCAGCUGUAACAUAAUUAUUAUCGUUCUGUCAGUUUUGUCCCAUGCUUUGUGAUUACAAGCUGCAGUGUUUCUCUGUCUGCUUUAUUCUUCACUAUUGGCUGUUCUCCUGGCUUCAAAAAUAUAUUCAUUUGGUACGAUUUGUUAUUUUGUUAUUUUUUCUUUAACUCGUUUUGAAAAUUAGCUCUUAUUUUUUUUAAAUGCCAUGGACCAGAAUUAAUUCAAAGCAGUUAUAAGACCUUUCACUGGUUUAUGAUAAAUGCUAUGUGGUUAAUGAAUACAAUUGCAUUACACCAGCUAGUUAUUUCCACAAUGGUAACUUUUUAAAGUUUAAACAUUUUACUAGGCAGAGUUACAGUACAGACAAUUCAUUUUAACAUCUACAGUGUCUGGCACCAACAAAACGCAGACACUCUUUUUCUUCUUUUUUGUUUAGUUUAUGACACACUUGUCGUUCAUGGUUUCAUUUCUUUCUACGGGUUUCUUCAGUGGUGUGAGCUUAAAAAGCAUUACAUUAUUUUUUGUUGAUUGAAAUUGUGUAGCAAAAUAUUAAUGUUUUUUAGCUAAAUUGUGUUGUUGUUAUUAUUUGCCAAAUUCGGAACGAAAAUGAUCAAUUGUCAUAUUUGCUUAGAGUGGAAUCUCUUCUCCCAUGACUGUAUCCUGGUAAUGUGCUGAUUAAUUCUACUAUAUUCUCUCCAAAGCCUACAAAUGCUGCUGUAAUUCAGGCAACAGUCAAGAUUAAUGUACAAUUCUGUGGGUGGCCAACAAUGGAAAAGCUUUUUUUCUUGGCUUUAUUUCAGAGAUCUGUAUCUCUGCUUUUUCUUUAAAUUUUCCAGCCUUAAGACACAUAAAGCAGGACUCUUGUCAUUUUGUUUUACUCAAAAGGUCCUGAACCCUUGUUGUAAGAUAAUGUCAAACUGGCGAAAAAUCAUACAUUUGCAAAAUAUUAAAAACACCCAGCAUCAUUUCCAAGUUUUACCAUUGUAUAUUAUAUAAAGUCUCAAGAUGAUGUGCCAUAUGAUUUUCAACUACCUGUUCAAAGAAACCUAAUAAAAGUGGAAGUGUAGAAGGGGUCAUGAGACCACCAUACAGGCAUACUUUGGUGACAUUGCUUCCUUGCUGCAUGGCUUAAUAUCAGUGACAAACAAUGAGAAUAUAAUAUUUAUACUCCUAUUUAGGUAUUCAACUUGCAAAAGUAUAAUAUGGUGAAUAUUAUAUUGAAGCCUUUGUUUUUAAUUAUCGAACAGCACUACUGCCAUUUUCCUGAAAGUGACAGCCUCUGAUUUUUAGCUGUGCAAGUCUCAACAUCUUUAGAAGCACAAUUGUCUGUGCAGUGAAGCUGUUUCCCCAAAAGAGGAAACAGCUGAAGGUAAUGCUGCAAUUAGCUUGAAUUUAAUAUGUAUAAUUCUAUGCUUGGAAGAGAGUCAUGUGCACUAUAAGCACCGUCAAAUAGGAAUGGGGAUAAUGAAACUUUAUUGGAGUAUUGGAGGCUGUUUUUGUUACAAUACUUGCUAAAAACAGAAGCUGUCACUUUAGGAUCAGAUAUCGCAAUGUGAUUGGAAGUGUAUUUGAUGCUGUCAAUGCUAUUUGUGCAGAUUGUCUGGAUCAUGCUUUUUCUGGACUGUUUUCUUGAGAUUGCUUGAUGUGUGUUUAAUCAGAGGGCCCCGUAACUGCAAAGCGCAGGUAACACACAGGCCACUCUUUUAACUUCCCUUGAUUGUGCUUUAAUACAUUACACUUUUGUGGAACUUGACAAGCCUGAAUCAAUUUUGUAUAAAUUUGUACAAUAAUGUUAUUAAACAGAAAAAAAAGUGUUUAUAAUCCUAGAAAUGUUGUGUUGAUUCUUGUGCAAAUACAGUAUAUUCAGAAUAAAGAUUUAUCAUUAUUCUC